CUCUUGGCGGUGCUCUUCUCGCUCGGCUGGUCCAUUUUGGUCCCCAUUGUCUGCACGGUCCAUUCCGUGAAAGGGUAUCCGCAAAUUAAAUCGUCAUUUUAUUUAGCCGUAUUUUUAAAUUAAAUCAUCACCUCAAUGGAGACUUUCUAAAGCGUCACCGCCAAUGAACGUGUGUCUUUUACAUUGACCACUCCGGUCCCGUCAUUAUCUGCUGUGACGGCUCCGACUGAGGAGCACCUGUGCGGCGGUGAAGCUGAGGGCGAAAUGACCCCGCCGAGGAGACGCGGCAUCCGGGGAAGGAGGACGUGAAGUGGUCGCUGACUCUUCGGAGAGCCGCGGCUCGGGUUUGGAGUCGUCGCCGGUGCAUUUUGGAAAGACCCUGGAGGACGUCGUCUCUUCGCGCCCGCACUCCCUGUGAGCGGACACUUUUACCGCCUUUUUUGUGCAUAUUUGACACUUCCGGGUUCAACCAUGUGGGAUUGUUAACCAGAUUAUUGUUAGUUGAAUUGGAGCAGAUUUUUAAACUUUUCAGUACAUUUUUUUUUUUUUUCAAGAUGAUACCCUGCUUUAUUAACUCUGGAACUUUUAUUUAUGUAAGCCUCCUUAAAAUAUUGCUAAAAAUAUGAAUUAAUGAUGAAAAUGCAACACUCUUAAACCUGCUUACCCAGACUAGAUUUGCACCUUUUAUUGCUACCUGAGCUCCAGAGUCACAUUUCCCCCAGUUCCUGAAGUCCAGCUGUGAGAACCUCCACUUGGCCUGACAUCUCCCAAAAAGGCGGAAUUGAGAAUUUACACAAUCUGCUAGAAAUCUGGAACGUCCCACGCGUGCGGAAGACACUAUGGGGUGCUGCAGCGGCAGGUGUACCCUGGCCUUCAUCUGUGGAAUGCAGCUGGUGAGCGUCUUAGAACGUCAGAUCAUCGACUUCCUGGGCUACCAAUGGGCACCCAUUUUGACCAACUUUCUGCACAUCAUCGUGGUCAUCUUGGGCUUGUUCGGCACCAUCCAAUUUAGGCCGCGCUAUGUUACCGGGUACGCGGUCUGGCUGGUCAUCUGGAUGACCUGGAAUGUUUUCAUUAUCUGUUUUUACCUGGAGGUCGGCGAGCUGUCCAAGGACACUGACCUCGUCCUCACCUUCAACCUGUCCAUGCAUCGUUCCUGGUGGAUGGAGAACGGCCCCGGGUGCAGAGUGACCCCUGUCAGCCCUCCUCCCUCCUGGGCACCGGAGGACCACCGAUACAUAUCGAUAUCCGGGUGCCUGAUGGACUUUCAAUUUGUAGAGGUGGCUCAUUCCUCGCUGCAGAUACUUCUGGCCUUGGCGGGCUUCAUCUACGCCUGCUACGUGGUCAAACUCAUCUCGGAGGAGGAGGACAGCUUUGAUUUUAUAGGUGGAUUCGACUCAUAUGGCUACCAGGGACCUCAGAAGACAUCCCACCUUCAACUACAGCCCAUGUACAUGUCAAAAUAAAACGAGGAUCUGCCUUACCGCUAAUUAACUUCGACGGUGCAACACUGGCCUCCGGUGGUGGGAGUCGGUAGCUACAAGGCAUGGAAACAACUCGCUCCCAUCGGGAUUUUUUAACUGUCUUGUGUUUGUGCAUUAGCCAAUUAUCUGGUUGACUUUUUUGGGAACUUUUUUAGUGCCUGACAGACUUAACUGACAACAAGAGUACGACCAACUAAGGAAUGUCAGACCUCCUUUUUUCCCCUGAAAUUUCGGAAUUAUUUGGAUUCUGGAUGUAGAAAAAUGUGAAUUUUAAUGUUUACAGUCUAAACAAGGAGCUUUUUGUGUGCGCGUUCAGGCCUCUGCAGGAUAAAGAAUUUGUCUUCCACCAACAAGUGAGCAGCAGAGUGCCAAAGUACGCAAGACGGACGCGUCCAUCCGGAACUAAGAAAUCUUCCAAAGGUCCAACAAAUUAUUGACAAUCAUAACCCCUUUUACACUGCCUGGAAAAUAACUUGCGUGUCGUGUUGUGCACAAACAUUAACACCAGGGGCGGAGCUUGCGGCCAAGCCCGGGCCUCUUGGGGGCCCAGUUUGCAGGAGUAAAGGGGGCGUGGUUGAGCGAGGGGAGGGUCAAAUAGCACGGAGCAUAAUAUAGUGUUUAAAUGUUAAAAUAUACCACAUCCGGGACUUCAGGGGGCUUGGUGUGCGGGCGUAAAGGGGGCAUGGUUGGGUGAGAAGAGGGCCAAACAGAAUGGUAAGACGAGCUGGUAAGGAGCUGGAAUAUCCUGUUUAAGUGUUAAAGUAUCGAUAACCACCUCGGCUGGUUGUCUGGAAGGGCCAGCUGAAAAUUUUCCACUUGCACCGCCCUUGCCCCACCUAUUGGACGAUGGUCUUGAAGGGCCCGCAAAAGUGUGAAGGGGCCCAUGAAUAAAAAUCUGUGAAUUUGGCCCCCCAUCAGACGCAAAUUUAUAUAAAACUGUCAAAAUCAUUUGUGCCACGUACAGUGGGGCAAAUAAGUAUUUAGUCAACCA